CUCCCUUUCUGGCCCUCAAUGUGUGUGUGGAGCUGACCCCUCCCUCGCACAGCCCUGCUUUGGCCUGGAGAGGGAAGCCCCCGCCCCUGAGGAAGGGGUUCGAAAGCCUGGGGGCCUCUCGAGAAGACGCGGGGUGCCUGAGCUCUGCGACCAUGAAGGUCAAGGUCAUCCCUGUGCUCGAGGAUAACUACAUGUACCUGGUCAUCGAGGAGCGCACGCGGGAGGCUGUGGCCGUGGACGUGGCUGUGCCCAAGAGGCUGCUGGAGAUCGUGGGCCGGGAGGGGGUAUCACUGACAACCGUGCUGACCACCCACCACCACUGGGACCACGCGCGGGGCAACGUGGAGCUGGCGCGGCUGCGGCCGGGGCUGGCGGUGCUGGGCGCGGACGAGCGCAUCUGCGCGCUGACCCGCAGGCUGGUGCACGGCGAGGAGCUGCGGUUUGGGGCCAUCCACGUGCGCUGUCUCCUGACGCCGGGCCACACCUCCGGCCACAUGAGCUACUUCCUGUGGGAAGAGGAGUGUCCGGAUCCGCCCGCGGUGUUCUCGGGGGAUGCGCUGUCGGUGGCUGGCUGUGGCUUGCGCCUGGAGAGCACAGCUCAGCAGAUGUACGAGAGCCUGACAGAGACCUUGGGCAGCCUGCCCCCGGAGACGAAGGUGUUCUGUGGUCAUGAGCACACGCUGGGCAACCUUGAGUUUGCACAGAAAGUGGAGCCCGGCAAUGACCAUGUGAGAGCCAAGCUGUCAUGGGCUAAGAAGAGGGACGAGGACGACAUGCCCACAGUACCAUCUACCCUGAGUGAGGAGCUCCUCUACAACCCUUUCCUAAGGGUGGCAGAAGAGCCUGUGCGCAAGUUCACGGGGAAGGCAGCCCCAGCUGAGGUCCUGGAGGCACUCUGCAAGGAGCGGGCGAGCUUCCAGUGGGCGGCCGAGCCGGUGCAGCCGCAGGCUCGGGCUCUCUUGGCACUGCAGUGGGGGCUCCUGGGCACACCUCGACAGAAAUGAGCCCCAACUAGACCCGCUGUGGGGGCAGGCAGCACAUCUCUCCUUCAAACCUUGGCCAACUGAGCCCACAGGAGGAUUGCCUCUGGAACCUUCCAUGGCCCUGCCCAGCUGGCUGUCCAGGCUUGGUGGAGGGGCGCCCUGGACAUGUGAGGCCCCUCUCUGGGGUGCAUGUGAGCCCUGAGGUCUGG